AGAUUGGGCGGGGAAGAGGUUGGACCGCUCCCGCGCGGGUUUUCUUCCAUCGGAAGCUAAUGUUUCAAAAAGUUCCAUCAAAACAAGCCAGAAUAAAGACGUCCUGCUUUGCCGCUGUACACCCGUCUCCUCGGUUCCUUUGCUGUCUCCCCUUUUCCCCAUUCAACCGCCUGAACAACUUCUAGUUGUUCAUCGUUCAUCUCGUUGGUGGUACCCAAGCGGCAUAAGAAAGCGUUGGUAGUGGCCUUACACUUCCAUCGGCGUGGUUGGGAGAGAGACAGAGCGAGAUGGAUGCUGGAUGCUCGGGGACCAAAAGAGAUUGGGAGGGAACCGUCUGGGCGAAACUUGUGCCGUCUAAUUCAAGCCUGCUGGAGAUUGAUAUCAAGUCUAAUGAGAUGAUUAUUUGUUCUGCAACAUCACUUGCUUCACUUGAUAAAGAGUAUUGGUGUAAAAUAAUGACAAGGGACUUCAGUUCUGCCACUGUUCAUAACAUAAGUCUGACCAAUAUUAUUGUUGAUGGGGUUUCUCUUGGACAAGAGGAGGACUUGAUUAUCAAGUGCGGUAGUGAAAUCAUUUCCGGGCCCAAAAAUGCAGGACAUGUUGUCUACACCUUCAGACUGAUGCCAAUGGAGCAACAACUGAACAAACGCAUCAAGGUACCGAUCGAUAUUGAGCUUCUCAAAUGUAGCAUUUGCUUGAAUUUAUUGCAUGAUGCUGUAACAGUCGCCCCUUGUCUACACAAUUUCUGUAAUGGCUGCUUCUCAGAGUGGAUGACACGAUUACUAGGAAAAGGUCAACCUCUACUUUGUCCAUACUGCCGAGCUAAAAUAUAUUGUGGUGGAAGAAAUCAUUUUUUACGUAACCUUGAAGAGGUUAUCCAAGAAUCCAAUCCUUCACUAAAGAGGUCGAGUGAAGAAGUUAUGACUUUGGAUUCAUGUGCUACUAUUAAAAGAGAAUUUGUUACUAAGUUAUGUCGAUCUAAAGCUUAUGUGGAUGCAGCUUCUGUUGCUACAACUAAUAGUUCUGCUUAUGCCCAGCAGUGCCUUCAAUGUGUUGGCACUGGUUUUGGUGGAUUUAGAUGCAGCCCGAAUACUGGCCAUAGACAAUGCCAUGGAUGUGGGCACAUGAUGCCCUUGAGACCUGAGAUUGGUGUUCCACAACAUUGUGUAGGAUGUGAUAGAUCAUUUUGUGCAGCUUAUUGGCAGGCUCAAGGUGUAAGUGAUGACAAUGCCAGUGGGCUUUGUAGCCCAGGAACUUUUAGGCCAAUAUCAGAUCGUGUUUUUACCAGAAUGCCUGAGUCUACACAUGAAGGAAACACAUAUGAGCAAGGCGUCACUCAAAGAUGUAUAGCUCAAAGUGGGAAGACAUUACAAGAUGUUAUCAUGGCCUGGUGUUUAAAGUUUGACAACAGAGAGAUAGAGCCCAUGGGUAUGAUGUUAAAUAACAUCGACUCAAUAACUUCAAACACCUAUCUCUGCGACCAUUGUUGCAACAAGGUUGUUGCACAUCUUCUACAUUGCUUCCGUCUUUCAAUUCCCAAACAAGCUCUCCCAGUGGAUGCAUCUAUAAGAGAAGAUUGCUGGUAUGGCUGGGUUUGCCGUACUCAACAUCAUAAUGCAGAACAUGCGAGAAAAAGAAACCAUAUAUGCCGUCCUACACGAGGAGUAAAUUUACCAUAAUUAUACAUCUUUUGUCUGUCUGGUUGCUUUUCUUAAUUGUCUAUCUUCAUAAUAUUUUAGUUCUGGCCUUGUGUAUUUCGUUGUUCCCACAUGUAAGGAAAAUAGAUAAGACGAGGUAAGAUACGGAGAAUGGAAAUUAAAUUUUUAAUAAAUUAAUAUGGACUCUUUAAGGAGUA